CUUGUCGACCAUGUUGUCGCCAACAUGAACAACGAUCAAUUUCGGAGGCUGAUCGGGGCCAACGGCGAAAAGGCAAAAUCCAGUGGGGAAGAUGAUUCGCCAUCUGCCACUAAACCGGCAGUUGCCUCUGCUUUGGGAUCGCGACUCAAGUCAAGUAUCCCGAUGACGCCGCGAUCUUUGGGCGGAAGUAGUCAUAAUUUGUUUGCAAAGCAGCUUGCCGAGAGAGACCAGGCCAACCAGAAACAGAAGCGAUUUCGCACUUCAGCGCCCAAGGGAAGCAGGCUUGCCGAGGGCUACGUCGACAGGGCCAGGCUCAGGAAUGGCGAUGAUGCAGACGCUGAGCGCGAUGCUAAGCUCAAGGCGAUUGAGAAGCUACGCGACGACAAGGAGAUAGACGAGGAUGAGUACGAAGCAAGACGUAGAAAGAUCCUCGCCGAAAGCGAUAGCCGUCCCAAGGGUCUCGACUUUGAGCUUUUAGCCAAAGCCCGCAAGGGUGAAAACACAGCUGAUGAGGAAAGGUCACCAUCCGCCGAUGCUAAGAGGACUGAGUCUCCACAGGAAGGGGAUGAGGAAGAUGGCUUUGAUGAUGCCUUUGAACAGAUAGAAAGUGCAGAGGUCCAAGCAAUCACCAAGGAGAAAGCCAAGAAGAAGGGUCAGUUUGCAACCAAGCCUGUUGCACCCGGUGGAAAGCGUUCAAGAGAUCAAAUCUUGGCCGAGCUCAAGGCCGCAAGGGAGGCCGCCAAGGCCAAAGAGGAACAGGCUCUUGGAAACAGGUUCAAGAAAAUUGGAGCGCAGAAGGCCCCGGGAACGAGGUUUGAGCGCGACAGCAAAGGCAGAGAGGUCAUGAUAAUUGUCGAUCAGGAUGGUCAUGAGAAACGCAAAGUCAGGAAACUAGCAGCGGAGGAAUUGGAGGAAAAGGCAGCAUUUGUUCCUGAUAAGAAUGCCGAGAUUCUUGGAAUGGAGGUUCCCGAGAUAUAUAAGAAGAAACAGGAAGAAGCCGAACAGAAGAAAGCAGCGGCAGCAGAGGAAGAUGACGACAUAUUCAAUGAUGUUGGGGACUACAAUCCACUGGCGGGAAUGGAUUCGGACUCGGACGACAGCUCCGACGAGGAGGGUGCUGUUUCUGAAGAAAGGCCCAGCAAGCGACUGAAGGACGAUGAAACUGGAACAGGGACAGGGACAGCCUCAAAAUCUGCCAGCAAAGAAGCAAGUCAUUCGGUAGAUCAACCACAGUCGGCUACGGCAGCAAUACCCGUCGCUCGAAAAGACUGGUUCAAGGGCUCCAAGACUGGUCUUGUAUCGGAGGAGUCUCGCAAAACAUCGGCCGCAAGCGAUCCAGCAGUGCUCGCAGCACUCAGGAAGGCAAAGAGUCUUAACGCCGAGGCCAAGUCAGAGGAAGAGAAGCAAAAGGCAGAGAGAGAAGAGCGCUUGAAGAAGAUGCUAAAGGACAGCACACGAGAUGCAGAGGAUAUGGACAUGGGUUUCGGCACCAGCAGGAUGGCCGACGAAGAAGACCUGGAAGAAAAGGAUAUAAAGCUCUCUGCAUGGGGAAACGAUGGGGAUGAUAAUGAACAAGGGGCUGGCAAGGCAAAACGGAAAAGAGGUGGAAAGAAGCGCAAGGGCGAUGUUAACAGUGCAGCUGAUGUGUUACAAGCCAUGGAAAGGCAGAAAGCAUCCAAUGCAUAAACUCCAUG